GCUGAGGUGUGGUUUACAGGUGCAAAUUCAGGAAAGGCCUGUUCCCGGGUAGCCACAAGCGAGACAGGUCCCUCCCCUUGCCUCUUGUGUCUGGAUGCACACUCUCUGAACUCUCAAACCAUUUGACUUCAACCUACCUCGAUCAUCUCACCCGAGUCCUACCGGCAACACUCAGGUAGAGGAACCAAACAUGAAAUUGCCUCUGGGCAUCACACUUGCACUCUUCUUGAUACUUCAGGCGUUCCAAGAAGCGUCCACCCAGAUACCUGAGGAUUGGGAAAGAUAUAAUGGGACUACAGGCGAAGAAGGAGAGCAGAAUUCCACAAAGUUGGAUCAGAUGCCUGAGCAGUCCUUUGCUGACACAGAAGAAGCUAGUUCUGAUGGUCCCAUUGCUACAGCACCACCUACUGUGACUGCACUUAAUACAAGUUCUGAGCACUUAGAUACAUCAGCACAAUCCAACGAAACACUGACACAGAACAGCGCCACAAAUACCUCCACACCAGAGCCAGAACACACAAAUGAAUCUACUCUUAAUGACACAUAUACCAGUCCACAUCCUGAGACUACCACAACAGAGAGCAGCCAUGAUGAAUCGGGUUCUGGAUAUUUUCCCUCAGAUGAUGUACCCAGCAGCAGCACUACUAAGAGUCCGACCACCACAAUAAAAGACGAAAGCGUCCAGAACAAAACUACAGUGAGUCCAACUCAAACACCAGUACACAGAAGCACAACGGCAGCAAUUGGACCGACCGUCUCUGAGAACGUCACGACUCCUGCCCUGUCACACAGUGAGGAUACGAACCAGACCGAACCUACUGACACCAGAGAGAAUUCUGAAAGAGGUUUAUCUUCAGAUGUUACCGAAAGCAAGAAAGGGCAGACAUGGACUGUUGUCCUAGUCAUUGGGAUUAUAUUGGGGGUCUUGGCCUUGGGAGCAUUUAUCAUCCUGAAUCGAAGAAACAAAAGAGACUUCUCACACAGAAAACUUGAGGAAGAGAUGUCACCUGAUCCAGUUCUCCGAUUGGAUAACAGUGAGCCACUCGACCUGAAGUUUGAGGGAUUUGGUUACUACAAUCCAGGACUACAAGGGGACAACAUCCAGAUGGCCAACUUUCCACAGGGACAUUCAAAAUGAGAACAAAUCUGUGAUGCCAUAGACAUUUUUUUAUAUUGCAGCACCCAUGUGAAGACAAAAGAAUGUAAUUAAGAAAUUAUAGUAAUUUUUGCCAACUCAAUCAUUAGGCAAUUUUGCAUAACUAAACAAUAAAAA